CGAAGAAGAAAAGUAUAUAAAAACAGAGGAGAGAGAGAGAAGAAGAAGAAUUUGAUUUCUCUUAUUUCACAGAAGAGAGAGAGAGAGGACUCUUAGGGUUUUUGGGCAUCUCGCGAGGUUCUAUCUUAACAUGGAUUCGGUAAUGACUCAAACGACUGUUUUGGCUGUGACGGAUGAUGUGGUGUUACCUGUUAGCUCUGUUCUAACUAUAAUGAAGGAGCUCGCAAAGGAAGGCGUUGAACGUUGUGAUCCUAUCAUCAUUACUCAAGCAUCCACAAUAAGUCAGGUUCCUUUGGAUGCUUCCUCAGUGGAUGUGGUUUUAGCCAUUUCCAGAACAUCUGAUUUUCCAAGUGAUAAAAUAUAUAGUGAGUUCUCGAGAGUUUUGAAGCCUGGUUGUUCAGUUUAUGUGUGCGCUAGUUCGGAGGGUGAAACUGUAGAGUUGCAACAGACCCUUCAAAAGAGAGUAGCGUUGGCUGGUUUUCUGGAGGCACAGUCUCUUGAUUUGAAAUCAAUUAAGUUGCCUAACUUCACCUUCUCCGUUGGAAUUACGGCAAAGAAACCUACUUGGAAGAUUGGUUCAUCAUUUGCUCUCAAAAAGCCUGCAAAAACUACACUCCCGAAGAUUAAUCUGGACGAUGACUUGGAUCUUAUUGAUGAAGACUCUCUUUUGACAGAGGAGGACCUGAAGAAGCCACAGCUUCCUGUUGCUAGUGGUUGUGAGACCACUAAGAAAGCUUGCAAGAACUGCGUCUGUGGUAGAGCUGAGACAGAGGAGAAAGCUGUGAAGCUGGGCCUCACUGAGGAUCAAAUCGAGAAUCCACAGUCAUCAUGUGGCAGCUGUGGGCUUGGUGAUGCCUUCCGCUGCGGUACAUGUCCUUACAAGGGUCUCCCACCUUUCAAACUAGGCGAGAAGGUAACCCUUUCUCAAAACUUCCUUGACGCCGACUUCUAAGCCUGCGGAAGGUGCAUCUUCAUGCGUUCUUGUUUCCCACCGAGGCCAAAACCUUUUGUCAAACACAGAGUAGUUUAAUCACUUUGUGUCCUUUCGUAUAUUUUGUUUGUUGCUACUUUCUUUAUUUCUCGGCUUUUGAAUGGCUUUAGUAGACAGUUGUUGGGUGUUGCUCACAAUACACAUUGGAACCUUUAUAUCAAUGAAGAACAGCUUUUCACU